AUGUCUGCCGACGCCUGCUUCGAAUCUGCAGAGUUUCGACAACAUAUAAGAGCACUGCUCUAUGAGUAUAUCAUAACUCAUUGUACUACUGACUACUUAACGUUUACAGAAGGCCUGGUAUCCGAGUUUCUCCAGGAUCUCAAACCAGUCCCACUUACUGACCCGUACUCGUUCAUCAUCCCCGUCGAGCCAUUUCAAACAUUUUCCCAAACUCAUAACUUGGAAUCACUACCGCCAUAUGACGAAAUAUUGCAGACCACUCACGAAGCACUACUAUAUUUAAAAAAUGUCAUGCAUUCAACCAAAGGAGUCCCUAAGACAUUACGAUUGGAAUGGUCCGAACGUUCUCAUGAUGUCUUGCGCUUGAAUGAGCCUCUCUUCCCUGCUUUGACGCGUCGAUCGCGUACCCAGACACCCAAGUUGGGCAAAGUCUCGUCUUCCGUACCACGCAAAUUGUCCACCUUGGUGCAAGUCCAUAAACUUGAACCACUCGCAGUAGAACCUGUUCAGGAAGAAAAGCUGGACUUCGAAGGUAUUAUGAAAGUCAAACACCAUAUCAAUCCCCCAGACUUGCCAGCGGUCCAGUCCAUCCUCAAGCGAACGGCAGACGCAAUGCGCUACAUGCCCUCGUACAAAAACAGAUACCUCGACCCUGAAUCCUUAUGCCAAGUUGUACUGAAACCACCCCAAGUUCCAGAAGACCCGUUCAUGCCCCUCUUCCCGCGAUCUCGGAAACCAGGUUUUGGUGCAUCCGGUCAAGCGCAACCACUUCCAACGAUGAAGAAUUUCGCCGAGCUCCCUGCUGCUCUAGACGAAAAGGUGAAAGUCGAGGAUAUAGAUGGUGAUAUAUCGAUGCAAAAUCUGGUUGUGGUGUCUGGCUGGCAGGCGAUUCAAUCUUCUCCCCCUUCAACGCAAUCGGGUCAUAACAGCGACAGCGAAGACCAGCACGACCAACUCCUUUUCCCAUCGUCGCCAGACACAUCGGAUCCUCCUCUAGUGGAAGAGAUCGAAAAAACCAAAAUGGAGGUCCUUAUACCGCGUUCGCGCAAAAUUGGAGGAAAGAGCGGUAUCGCUCCGCAUAUAUUGGCCGGAAAAACAUUGCAAGCGUUCCUUCAGCCGUUGCUAGUACCGACCAGCGAUCAACUCGAAGUUGAUCCAAAGCCUGACUCCAACUCCAAUGUCCCAGAGCGAACCAAGCUCAAUGCGUCGCCAACACCUUCUUCCGUUGUCGGUCAGGCAUCCGACAAUGGAACUUCCACCGCAGAAAACUGUAAUUCGGAGCUCAAUCAAGAACGGUCUCUGGAGGAUGAGAUUGCGGCGCUGUACAGCGGUCCUAUGUGGCAAGAGGCAAUAAUGAACGAACCGCUGGACGAUAAACGGGAUUUGCUCAUGGAAGUACACGCACACGAACCCUCCGCUGAUUCCGCUGACGCGUUUUCUCUUUCUCCAGUCCCGAUUCUCCCAGAGCCAAAUGUCCACCCGCCAGGCGAUUUGGAUAUCCCCAAGACGUACACUGGCUUCCUCGUCCCGCCACCCGAGAGCACCAAGCAAGAGACCAAUCCAGCUUUUAUCAAACCAGAACCCGCCUUCCAGUUUUUGAAGAAAGUAAAGGGAAAACAAGCUCUGUCGUUGGCGUUGUCUUGGGUACCGUUCACUGUUAGCAAGAAGCUUCCUUCUGUUAUCGAGCUCCUCGGUGUGGACGACCUUUUUGGACAUGGCGAAGGUCAAGAUGGAGAGCAGCCCAGAGGUGACGUGGCGGAGGCCGCGAGGCUUCUCGAGGCUUUGGAGGUCUCCAUAUCUCAGGAUAACGGCCAUCGAUUUUCGUGGACAGAGGGUACUGGUUAUCGACCCAUCAUACCGCCAAAGGAAUUUCGUCUCCUUUUGAAUAGGCAGGAACGGAGGAGGGUUGUCAACGACGGUGUCAUUUCUGAAGGAGAGGAAGCGCAGUGUGUUGGGGCGAUGGAUGUGGAUGUGGAUGAAAUUGAAGUUGUUGAUGAAGUCCGGGAUAUGCCUCUUUCUAGCUCGUCGGUCUCGGUCAAACGCCAGCGCAGCCUCUGCGUUCCUGGUGACGAUGCUGAAGAUUUUAACGUUAAAGGUCAUGCUGAGGACGACCGCUUCGCCAAACGUCCUCGAUUGGACGAGCAUCACAUCGCAUCGUCUCUCUCCCCCUCGCCUGAGGAUGUAUCAUGUGUGCGGCCUUCUCUCCCUCUUCUACCGGCGUAUGGUGAUGAUGAAUACGGGCGCAUCGAUCCUGGUUACCUCUCACCUGUAUCGUGUUACAUGCAGGAGGAGGAGGAUAAAGAAAAUUGGCCACCGUUUUCAUCGUCGGAUCAGGACAUUCGCGACGAAUAUUUCCAUGAUCGUUUUGAGAGAAGAAAUCCCGAAGCAGGCGGCGAGUAUGAUUGUUAUAUGGCUGGAUAUGAUCGGGAUGAGGGCGAGGAAAGUUUCGAGCCUCUGUCGUUCGAUUCGAGGUAUCUUCCCUCAGGCGCGGAGAAAGAAACACAGGAGGCUGGGUUCAACGACGAUGAAUUCCCAAAUCGGCACCCAGAUGCUACGCCUGCAAAUCAACACGACAUCUUGAACGGAGAACGUGGCACUACCUCGGCGAAUGCACAAGAUGAAAUGUUGUUCGAGCCCGAUAUCGCGUCGCGUUCGUUAGGCAUCCUGGCAUUUGCUCAGCUACGCGCUCGUAAAAUUUCAGCUCCAACAGUACCAUCGUCGCCGUUAUCUGCCCCUGCUCCAGUCGCACCCUCGGCGAAGGACGUCAUUCCGAUAUACAGGGGUGCACCGGAGGAACUGUUCGAUGCAGACACCAUCAUUGUUUCCGGUUCCACUGGUGUAGUAGAGCUCCCAGUCCAUCGCUACAUGGCGUCUCUCGCGCUCAUCCAGAAACACGGCCUCGUCCGCGCACUGCGCUCUGCAGAAUGUGCGAUUGAGCUCAUUGAACGGGAGACACUCGGCGGGGUCGACUUGAUCGUCGAUCCAUAUUGUGCUGUGCUCUUCGUCUCGCUGUUCACCCUUCCUUCGAUGUGUGCGGCGGAGGUGGAGAAGGUCGCGCAGCUGUCAUGGAGGUUCUCAUAUUUGCUCGUGGUGUUCGAGGCGUACCCGGAAAAUUGCGCGAAGCGGUUUGUGGUAGAUAAAGAUAAAAACGGAGGGGGAGAGGCAUCGGAGCUGUAUGCGUAUACUCCGCCUAUACUAAAGGCAAUCAAAAAGUUCAGAAGGGAUAUCAAUAUCGCGGAUGCUUGUGGGACGAAACGGGGUGUGACGGUGGUGCAGUACAGUUUCGCGGACAGUGUCAGGGAUGCGGCUGUUGCAGCGCGCAUUUUUGGGUCUCAAGCGGAGGAGAGGGAUGAGACGUUUGGUGUCAUUUGGGCUACCAGGCCUUGGUUAUCUGCUGAUUUCAUUGAAAGCGAGGAACAGGCGCUGGCCGGGCUAGAUGGAAUGAACCAUUUCUCUGCUUCUAUGAUUCUCAGUCAGAUUACACUUGAAGAGUUUUUACAACUCGAACACGAAGAACGAAUGCAGGUCUGCGCUGGAUUGCUUCAUGAAGAGAUUCUAGCGAAGUGCAGUGCGGAUGUUGAGAGGCGUACUCGAGCGAUGUAUUCGUCUUCGGAUACCUGA